AUAAACCAGAUAAGCUGCUCUUAGCGAAAGUCGUAAAUGAUGAACAUCGAGGGGGAGGAGAUGCGCAAACCAAUCCGGCUCAUCGCGGCUGCCUGCAGAGACAUGGGCAUCGGGAAGAACGGACAGCUUCCCUGGAGCCUUCCAAAAGAAUUUCAGUUCUUUAUGGAUACAAUUACAGCUGUGUCAGAACCUGGGAAGAAGAAUCUGGUUGUCUGGGGGCGAAUCUCCUUGUUCUCCUGUCCUGAGACGGUCUUUCCUUUGGCCAACUGCAUCAAUUUGGUAUUGAGCAGGAAGCUGACUGCAGUGCCCCCACGUGCCCACUAUCUUUGUAAGGAUUUCGGAUCAGUAAUUCACUUGGCUUCUGAGCCUCCCUUAUGUCACAUUGUGGAGACCAUCUGGGUUUUAGGAGGCCCAGAGGUGUAUAAGGAAAGCCUUGAGCAUCCAUGGUGUGAUCUCAUCUAUCUCACUAACAUCAUGGCCGACUUUGACUGUGAUGUCUUUUUCCCAAAAUUUGACCACAAUAUUUUCAGAAAACAAAAGGGAUUUCCAGGAGUACCAGAUGAAAUUCAUGAAGAAAAUGGUAUUAAAUUUCAAUUUCAAGUCUUCAAGAAAGAAGUUUAAAACUGAAGCUUUGAAGAGACCAGACUGACAAACAUGAUACUGAAAAUUUGUACAUAAUCUGAAACUACGGAGCCACAAAGGGGAUAUGGUGAUGAUAAUGAAUAUGAUAUGGGAGGAAAAAUGCACUUGCGUUGUCUCGCAAACGUAUUGCUUUCCCCCGAGAAGCUUUAUGUUCUUAUGCAUUCUCUCGCAAUAGUAUUAAGAGACAUUUUGCAUUUUCUUGCAAAAGUAUAGCAUUCUCUCCCCAAAGUGUUGCAUUCCUUUUUGCGCUCUCUCGCAAAACAUUUGCGUUCUGCUGAGAAACUUUGUGUACUCUCACAAAACAGUUGCAUUCUACCAAAAAAACUUGUUCCUUCACAAAAUGUUUACGUUCUCUCACAAAUAUAUUGUUAUUGUAUUGAAAAACUAUAGUUAUUGUAAAACUAUACUAGUUUUAUUGGUUUUAACAGUUAUGUCAGCUUUGUAGAAUCUCAAAAUAUUGCACAGAAGAGCACUUUAUCUCAAAGGCUCUGUUGAGAGCUACAGUAUGUCACUGGUGGACUUCAUAACCAUCCAAAUCAUAAGCAUUUCAAAGCGGCUAGUUCUUCAUAUAAACCAUAUGAAGAUCAUUAACCUUUUCAUUACAUAAGAAAUCACACCACACAUGAUCUGAAACAGCAGAUGCACUCAGACAGUGAUGAGCACCACUUCUCUCACGAUUACACUGAAACCCACUGUUACUCAUCUCACUGUCACCAUAGUGACACGAGUGUGAUGAAUCAAAGCAGAUCAGGGAGUUGGGAUACAGUAGGAGUCAUAUAUAUGGUUUCUGUAUACAUACCAUCUGCUGUGUGAACCUUACUGCAGUUAGCAGGCUAUUAGUUUUUCUGUCAUGUAAGUUUUGUAGGCAUUGUAUUUAACUUCUUAUAUUUGUGCUAUUCUAUAAACUUGUUUUUUUGUGAAAUUAAAUCUUUGGUGCUUUAAUAAAGUUUGUUUCUAAUCCAAAUUAAAAUGCAAAGUGUGCAGCAA